AUGGCCACCCCUGAGCAGAAGAAGUUUGUCUCGCAGAUCGACGCCAAUAAGCCGGCGCUCAUCGAUCGCCUGGCAAAGGCCGUCUCGAUCCCCUCGGUCUCGGGCGACGCUUCCUACCGCAAGCACUGCUUUGAAAUGGCAGACUUCCUCCUCGACGAGCUCAAGCGCCUCGGCGCCACGGCCCAGCUCAAGCCCCUCGGCAAGCAGGUCCUCGACGGUCAGGAGAUCGAGCUGCCCCCCGUCGUCUUUGCCGACUACGGCAACGACCCCAACAAGAAGACCAUCCUCGUCUACGGCCACUUUGACGUCCAGCCUGCGCUCAAAUCGGAUGGGUGGGACACCGAGCCCUUCACCCUGGUGCACGAUGAAAAGACCGGCCGCCUGUACGGCCGCGGAUCCACCGACGACAAGGGUCCCGUCCUCGGCUGGAUCAACGUCGUCGAGGCGCACCAGCAGGCCGGCAUCAACCUUCCCGUCAACCUCAAGUUCUGCCUCGAGGGAAUGGAGGAGAGCGGCAGCGUUGGCCUCGACGAGCUCAUCGCCGCCGAAAAGGACGCCUUUUUCCGCGGCGUAGACGCCGUCUGCAUCUCUGACAACUACUGGCUCGGCACCACAAAGCCUUGCCUCACUCACGGCCUGCGUGGCAUCACCUACUUCAAGCUCACCAUUUCUGGCCCUGCUCGCGACCUCCACUCGGGCGUCUUUGGCGGCGUCGUCCACGAGCCCAUGACCGAUCUCUUCGCCGUCAUGUCCAAGCUCGUCACGCCCGAGGGAAAGAUCCUCAUCCCUGGCGUCAACGAGCUCGUGGCUCCGCUCACUGACGAGGAAAAGCAGCGUUACGAUGUCAUGGACUUCACCGUCGCCGAUGUCGAGGGCGCUACGGGCAGCAAGACGACUAUCAGCACCGACAAGGCCACCGCCCUGAUGGCGCGCAUGCGCUACCCGUCCCUCAGCCUUCACGGCAUCGAGGGUGCGUUCGGCGAGGCCGGCACCAAGACUGUCAUCCCCGCCAAGGUGACGGGCAAGUUUUCGCUGCGACUCGUCCCCGACCAGACCCCCGAGGCCAUCGUCGAGCUGGUCACCAAGUACGUCGAGGCCGAGUUUGCCAAGCUCGGCAGCAAGAACACGGUCCACAUCGCCAGCGAGCACGGCGGCAAGCCAUGGCUCGCCGACCCCAACCACUGGAACUACGAGGCGGCCGUCAAGGCGACACAGACCGUGUACGGCGUCAAGCCCGACUUGACGCGCGAGGGCGGCUCGAUCCCCGUCACCCUCACCUUUGCCGACACGCUGCAGAAGAACGUCCUCCUGCUGCCCAUGGGUCGCAGUGACGACGGCGCCCACUCGAUCAACGAGAAGAUCGACAUUUCCAACUACAUCGAGGGCACCAAGCUGCUCGGGCUCUACCUCCACGAGGUGGCUGCACACGCCGCCUAG